AUGUCGGGGCUCGCACUGGAUCGAAUAUUUGCCAUCUCUCGGCUGACGGUGGCGCUAAUCGUGGUGCAGGCCGUCCUUGGCACCAAUCGGCAGAUUGUGACCGGAAAUCCCGUCGCAGGAUCGUUCCGGAGCGUGCCGACUACGGUAAAGGCGUACGAAAAUGAUACAAUUCUGCUACCGUGCUAUCAUAAUGCUCCAUAUCGCUACGUUCGCUGGUCGAGAGACGAUUUUCUGCUGCUGGACUCACGAUAUCCAGAUUUGCUUGCACCGCCACGGAUGCGCCUUUGGGCCAACGGAAGUCUUGAGGUGGCGGAGGUGCAGACGGAAGAUUCCGGAGACUACAAAUGUGAAAUCAUGACCGACGGUGGUUGGGCUUCCCAGAGUCACGCCAUCGAAGUUCAGUAUCAAGCGACUGCUACCGUCUAUCCGGAGGGCCCCAUCGAUAUUCGCGUUGGACAAAUCCUAGAGGUAGCCUGCCAGGUAACUGGUGUACCCCAUCCAUACAUCAAAUGGAACUAUCUGAACGAGAACUUAACGCUACCGUUUGAAAACGAACGGAAACUGAGCGUGCUGAUUGAAGACCGCAACUUCUCGGGGCUUGUGGAAUGUACGGCCACAAAUGGUGUUGGUGAGCAGGCCAUCGCAUCCGUGGAAGUUGUCGUAAGCUUUGUUCCCGAGAUUGAUGUGAAGACUACAACCGUGCACACGAAGGUCGGUGAAACGGGUGUCUUGGAGUGCGUGGUGACGUCGCACCCUGUCGCUUCGAUCCACUGGUUUCAUCAUGGCUUGCCGGUAGUGUUCGAUAGACGCAUCGUAAAGCUAGACGUGUUGGUUAGCAAACACCAGUACUACACGGUCCAACGGCAUCAGCUCGCGAUACGCAACCUCCGUGACGCCGACCUGGGCCAGUAUGAGUGCAAGGCGGGCAAUAGGAUAGGGAUCGCCGGAACGCAGCUGGAGUUGACCGGACGGCCCAUGGUGGCCAGCUUCAAACCGGCGGCGGAAAUGUCAUCCCCCACGACGCACAAUUUUAUCUGGCAAACGGAGAGCUUCUCACCGCUGAUCGAGUAUAAGCUCAAGUUCCGGCGGGUACCGUCGGGAAAUGUAACGCCCGCACGCCGUUCCUUCCAGCAGCUUUCCUGGAGCGAACUUAUCAUUCCCUCUGACGGUUCGUAUGGGCCACUGCACUCGAUUGGGUACACCCUGCAAGGCCUCCAACCGACCAGUGUGUACGAGGUAGUCGUCCUCUCCCGGAACCGGUACGGCUGGAGCGACCCAAGCAAUAUCCUACGUUUCGCCACCGGUGGAGAGGUGGAAAUCGAUCCCAUGGAGAUGCCGGAAGGCCCAUCAUCUUCCGUGUCCUCCGUCCCGACGACGGAAACGAUCGAGUACAGCGAAUCUGAUGGACUCGGCAAUGGUGGUCUUUUCACGGACAAUACGAUUCCUACCGACUACUUUGACUACGGCAUGACCGGAAGUGGGCGUAGUGAACAAACGGCUGCUUGUUUUAGUUUGAUAAUGCUAUUGGUAACAACUGUUGAAGUUAUUCGAGCAAUAAAGGGCUUUUAGAAGAAGUAGAACACAAAAUCAAUGACGCGUAG